CUCCACCACCACCCCAUGUGCUUCCUGCCGGGCCAAGUUCGCGGAGCGCCGCCGCACGCCGGGCCAGCGGAGCGGAGCCGCAGCGGAGCGGGGCGCAGGGCAGCGGGCGCGGCUGCAGCGGGGCGCGGCGGGGCAGGCUCGGCGGAGCGCCGGCUCCAGCCUCGGGGCGCGCUCGCCCGGCCGCGGCGGCCCCUGCCCGCCCGCACCAUGCCGCGGCGGCGCGGCUGCCUGCCGCCCCUCCUGUGCGCGCUGGCCGCCCUCAGCCUGCCGCUGCUGCUGGCCGCCGAGCCCCGCGCCAAAAGUUGCUCCGAAGUGCGGAGGCUCUACGCCGCCAAGGGCUUCAGCCAGAGCGAGGCGCCCAGCCACGAGAUCAGCGGUGACCACUUAAAAGUCUGCUCGCAAGGCUACACAUGCUGCUCUCAAGAAAUGGAGGAGAAGUACAGUCAGCAGAGUAAACACGACUUCAGAAACGCUGUCGUAGAGCUUAGCAAUCACCUACAAAACAUGUUUAGUUCCCGAUACAAGAAGUUUGAUGAGUUUUUCAAAGAGCUCCUGGAGAACGCAGAGAAGUCUCUGAACGACAUGUUUGUGCGGACGUACGGCCGGCUGUACAUGCAGAACUCGGAGCUCUUCAAGGACCUCUUUGUGGAGCUGAAGCGCUACUACGUGGGCGGCAACGUCAACCUGGAGGAGAUGCUCAACGAGUUCUGGGCGCGCCUGCUGGAGCGCAUGUUCCGGCUGGUCAACCCCCAGUACCACUUCACGGAUGAGUACCUGGAGUGUGUCAGCAAGUACACGGAGCAGCUGAAGCCCUUCGGGGACGUGCCGCGGAAGCUCAAGCUGCAAGUGACGCGAGCCUUCGUGGCCGCCCGCACCUUCGCGCAGGGCCUGGCCGUCGCCAGGGAUGUCAUCAGCAAAGUGUCUGCGGUGAACCCCACGCCGCAGGGAACGCGGGCGCUGCUGAAAAUGAUGUACUGCCCACACUGCCGAGGGCUGGUGUCGGUGAAGCCCUGCUACAACUACUGCUUUAAUGUCAUGAGAGGCUGCUUGGCCAACCAAGGGGACUUGGAUGCCGAGUGGAAUACCUUUAUGGAUUCAAUGCUGCUGGUAGCAGAGAGGCUGGAGGGACCUUUCAACAUCGAGUCUGUCAUGGACCCCAUUGAUGUGAAAAUUUCAGAUGCCAUCAUGAACAUGCAGGAGAACAGCAUGCAGGUGUCUCAGAAGGUUUUCCAGGGAUGUGGCCAGCCAAAAACACUUGCCCAAGGCCGGACUGCUCGCUCUGUCUCUGAAGGUGGCUUCACUGCUCGUUUCAGACCCUACAACCCAGAGGAGCGACCGACAACAGCUGCUGGCACGAGCCUGGACCGACUGGUUACUGAUGUGAAAGAGAAGCUGAAACAAGCCAAAAAAUUUUGGUCAUCUCUCCCUGGCAACAUUUGCAAUGAUGAAAAGAUGUCUGUAGGCACUGUCAAUGAGAAUGAAUGCUGGAAUGGAAGCGCCAAGAGCAGGUAUGACUUUGCAGUGACUGGAAAUGGCUUAGCAAGUCAAGUGAAUAACCCAGAGGUUGAAGUGGACAUUACCAAGCCAGACAUGGUGAUUCGCCGGCAAAUCAUGGCUCUGCGGGUGAUGACCAACAAGCUGAAGAAUGCUUACAGUGGCAACGACGUCGACUUCAUUGACAUAAGUGAGGAGAGCAGCGGGGAGGAGAGCGGCAGCGGCUGCGAGCUCCAGCAGUGCUCCCCGGAGUUCGAGUUCAACGCCACCGAGGUCACCGGGAGCUCCAACAAGAGCGACAAGACCGUGAACACUUCUGCUGCCACCAGAAGCGGUCUAUCACAAGCAGCCUUGCUCCUUAGCAUUUUGUUCUUGGCCAUGCAAAGACAAUGGAGAUAAUUGUGCAGCAUAGGGGGAGGGGAAAAGACUUUUAUUAUCAAAGGUAGAAGGCACCUGCUUUCACUUUUAUACCAUCUAGAGACUUUGCUUUUUAAGUUAAUGGACAACAGUGUACAGUUUUUACUAUGUUGCCACUGGUUUUAAGAUACUGAUUUAUUUUUUUCCCUUGCUAUCCUGGGAAUAACAGGAAUGGGAAGUACCAGUCUAUCCCGUUCACCAAGAGUCCAUGUUAGAGGUGGAUAACAAAAAUGUAUAUACAAGCCUGUAGUUAGCUCUGCAUUUGUGUCUUUAUCACUUUUUUUUUUCUUUUACUGUAUUUCUUACGAAAACAAAAACCCCAGGGUCUUCUCUUGGCCUGUAACAAGUAUGUGUUUCUGAAAUGAGAAAUAUCUGUACAGAAGCAGGUUUUAUUUAUCAUGUUAUCUUAUGAGGAAAAAAUAAUUGCCCAACAAGCAGAAAAUGUUUCAUGUAGUUAACUUCCCAUUUAUCCACAUUAUGUUAGUUGCCUUAUCUGGAGAGAAGUGGAAGUCAUUUGUCUUUAUUAUGCGGUGAAACAGAAGGUGAAGGCAGAACUGGUCAUCGUGCCAAGGGCCCCGUUUGCUUAGGGCAUCCAUGCCAGGAGCAGGUUGUGCUUGCUUUACAGGAGGUUUGGUUAAAUUGGAAGGGACUACAGAGAUUUCCCAUUCUGCAGACGCUGAGAAGAGUUGUCGUUUGCUCCCCGGGAUCCUUGCAAUCAGCUGUAACUCCUGUGGGUCAGUUCCCAACGUGCAUCCCCCGUGGGAAUGAGGCAUUAAACUUGUUCGGUUGGAAACAA